AUGGUGCAACGAGGUGCUCGAACUCUGGUAUUUUUAUCACGCAGCGGUUCAGAUCAUCAUGAUGCCCCAAGGGUACUCGAGGAAAUCGCUACCGAAGGGGCAAACGGUGUAGCAUACAAAUGUGACAUCUGUGAUUUGGAGCAGGUCGAAGCGACAAUGAAGCAGAUGGCGACGAACGGGUUACCGGCUGUUCGGGGAAUUGUGCAGGCCGCGAUGGCCCUUGCCGAUUCAACAUUUGAACAAAUGACACCCGAUCAAUGGGAGCUAAGCACCAAAAUCAAAGCGCUCGGCUCUUGGAAUCUGCACCUCACUGCACCAGCAGAAAUAGAUUUCUUCGUUAUGCUAUCCUCGGCUUCUGGUAUUGCCGGACUGCAUGGCCAGGGGAAUUAUGCAGCCGGAAACACCUUCAUUGAUGCGCUUGCACAUCAUCGCCAUGCACGGGGUCUACCUGCAGUGUCGAUUGAUGUCGGGCCAGUAACUGACAUAGGAUACAUGGCCCAGAGAAGCGAUAUCACAGAACUUAUCAGAUCCCUCGGUUUUGUCGGUCUCAAUGGUGACGAGCUUCUCGGUAUUCUGCAAACAACAAUGGGCAGUGACGAAAACACCCGCAAGUCCAGCAACCCGCAGAUCAUUCUGGGGUUGCCUACUGGUGGACAUUUGGCCGCCGAGGGUCUUGAUGUGCCAUACACUCUUUCCAACGCCCGGCUGGCCCGUCUAAGCCGAAUCGGAGCGAUAAGCCAAGACGACGGUGAAUCCGGUCCGGCAUUAUCGGAACAGAUUAAGAAGGCGCCAAGCCGAGCGUCUGCCACUGAGGCAGUGACGGACGCGCUCAGGGCUCGGCUAGCGAAUCAGAUGAUGGUCGAAGUUGAGGACGUUGACGCAUCGAAGCCUGUCAGUGGAUACGGAGUGGACAGCUUAACUGCUGUUGAUAUUCGCGUAUGGUGUUUGAAGGAGGCCCAAGCCGAUGUCUCCAUUCUGGACAUUGUGAACUAUUCUUCGAUUAUGGAUUUGGCGCAGACCAUUGUGGAGAACUCGCGGUUGGCUUCAAAUGACAAGUGGGAGGAUUAG